CAAAACAAUCUGGCAACGCUGACGGACACUGCUAGCAUCGCGGAUACACACGGUGCUCAGCGGCGGGGCGUGACAGCUGCCUUUGUUCCCGGGUUUGUAUGUCUGAAGCCUCAGUGUUGUGUCCUUGGCAAGUGAGCAGAGAUGGAAGUGUGUGGCCGUGAUGCACAGGUGAAGCUGUUGACUGGCCUCCUAGGACAGGAGGGAACCUUGAUGCCCAGCAGUGUGUUCCUGCAUGGGCACAGUGGCACCGGCAAGACUCUGGUGGCACGGCACGUCCUGCAGUGCCUGGGUGUCCUCAUGAGUCACAUCAACUGCAUUGAGGUGUACUGUCCUCAGGUGCUGUUUGAGGCAGUGCUGUCCCAGCUUACUGGCAGUGUUCCUUCACUUACCACUGGCCAGUCAUCCUCCAUCUCCUGUGACAGCCUUGGCGAGUUUGUGCAUCACCUGGCCACUGUCAGUCACACUUUGGGUCAGCCACGUAUGGCUAUUAUGCUGGAGCACAGUGAGCGCCUGAGGGACUGUGCCGCCAACAUCUUGCCAGGUCUGUGUCGCCUUCAGGAACUCACUCCAGAUGUCAAUAUAACUGUCAUCUUCAUGUCUACUCUUUCACUGGAAAAAUUUCGCAUCUCGACAGGAUUCAUGGAGCCACUGGUGGUCCACUUUCCCCAGUACAGCAAAGAUGAACUACUGAAAAUUUUGGAGAAGCUUAGGCCACCAACUACCUCAGAAGAGUUUUUCAAGAACUACAUUAGUCUUGUGCUGAGUGUGUUUUAUCAUGCCACAAGAGACCUAGCUGAACUUAUGCACCAGGUGCAGCAACACUUUGAGGUGUACCGUGAGCCGGUGGUGCAAGGGGAAGUGGAGGAAGACGAUGUUCGGCGACUGUGGAGGAACAUUGAACCUCACCUGAAGAAAGCCAUGAGCACAGUGUAUCUACGGGAGGUGUCACGCACACAUUACGACAAGAUGCAGAAGCUGAUUGAGACCAAUACUAAGGAUUUGCUGCCUUCAGAAUCUAUAGGACUGGAUUCUUUUUCCAGCAAGACUGCCAUGGUGGAGCUGCCACUGUACUCCCGGUACUUGCUUGUUGCUGCACAUCUCGCCUCCUACAACCCAGCACGCACUGACCGUCGGUUCUUCAUGAAGCAUCACGGCAAGCAGCGCAAGACUCAAGCCAGCAUCAAAGCCAAGGAACGUUGCAGCAGCCACCUGGUGGGCCCCAAGUCUUUCCCUCUGGACCGUCUGAUGGCCAUCUUCUACUCCAUUGUUGAGGAGGAGAUCACCCCAACAGCAAGCCUCUUCACCCAGCUCUCCACGCUGCUGUCCUUGCAGCUGCUCAUCCCCAGUGGUGGUGAUGACGCCCUGCAGAAUCCCAAGUAUAAGUGUGUUGCCCCUCACGAGGUGGUGCACAGUGUUUGCAAGAGCAUCAACUUUGACUUGUCUCGCUACACAUACGGUCAAGCCUGAGGACAUCACCAACCACAGAGUGCAUCUGUUGGCAGACAGACAGCCUGUUCCUGCUAAGUUGCUGUAACAUGAAUAAGGGAAGGAGAGGGCCAGGAGACUGUUCUGGAAAUGUGGUUGGCUGCAUUGUUUGUUGAGGAAGGAAACAUCUCAAUAGCAUUUUCACACAGGUGGAGGCCAUACAAUUCUCAUUAUAUUACAAUUAAGAAGAAAUUUAAUAAUAUUUUGUUCAUAAUAAACAGUAGAAUCUAACAAAUUGUUGUAAAGUUCUUAAUUUGUGUGACUUCAAUAUAUCACAUUGAUAAUUUUGUAGAAGAAAAGUAACAUGGUUUUGUUGGAGCAUUUUAAAAAUUUCCUUGGUGUCUAAUGUCAAAUACUUAAGAGUUUUCUGUUAGGGAGCCAGUGCCUUUUAAUGGAACAUCUUUGCUCAUCAGCAAGUGCCAGCAUGUUUCACAAUUAUAAUUAACAAAAUAUUUUAGAUAGGCAUCUCUUUUUAUGUAAUAUAAGUACAAAUUUAUUUAAGAAUGUAUUUUGUUAAGAUGAAAUAAAGAUGUACUUUCAUGAGGUUCA